AUGUCUUCCUUCAUUUUCCUGUUCCUUACUAAUUAUAUUUUUCAUUUGCUUCUUCCUUUCUAUACGAACUUCCCUUUCUUUUCUCUCGUUCCUUUAUUAUUAUUCAAUUCUUUCUUCUUUCUUUAUUUCCUUUUCCAUCCAUGUCCAUUCUUUCUUUUCGAUUUGCCUACCUUCUUUCAUUUCAAUUUGCCAUCCUUCUUUGUUCUAUCUAUCUAUCUAUCUAUCUAUCUAUCUAUCUAUCUAUCUAUCUAUCUAUCUAUCUUCCUUCCUUCCUUACUUCCUUCCUUUAGUCCUUACUACUUCCUUCAUUGUUUUUUUUUCCCAUCCAUCAUCCGUCUCUCUCUCUCUCAUUCCUUUUCAGCUUCAACUAUAUCUUCUUUCCUUCUCUUCUGGCUUCGUUUCUUCAUAUUUAUCUUCCUUCUUCAUUUCUUCCUUCUUCUUCCCAUCUUUUUACUUCCUUCUUCUUGUCAGCUUGCUCCUUUCCUUCCUUCCUUCCUUCCCCCCUUCCUUGCUCCCUCCCUCCCUUCCUUCCUUCCUCGCUUCUUCCGUCCUUCUUUUCUUCCUUUCUUGCUCCUUCCUUCCUUCCUUCCUUCCAUCCUUCCUUCCUUCCACCCUCCUAUCAUUCCUUCCUUCCUUCCUUCCUCCCUCCUUCCUUUCCUCCCUUCCUUCCUCCCUCCCUUUCUUCCUGCAUUUCUUCCUUCCCCUCCCUCCCUUCCUCCCUCUCUGCAUUCCUUCCUUCCUGCACCCUCCCUCCCCCCCCCCUUCCUUCCUUCCUUCCUUCCUUCCUUCCUUCCUCCCUUCCUUCCUGCAUUUCUUCCUUCCCCUCCCUCCCUUCCUCCCUCUCUGCAUUCCUUCCUUCCUUCCCUCCCCUCCUUCCUCCCUCCCUUCCUCCCUUCCUUCCUUCCUUCCUUCCUUCCUUCCUUCCUUCCUGUCUCAUUCUAA